AAGCGGCAGAGAUAAAGAGAGGGAGGCAGAGAGAAACGACAGGGACAGAGAUGCCGACCGAUGACAUAAUCAAAUGAUUCAACCUGAAUAAGCCAAGACGCUUUGACUGGAUUCAGUCUAUCACUCACUGCACACCGACUUUCUGUUGCUCUGUGGAUGACAAACUUACACUUGGCUCAGAAGUGGGACAGAAGAUGAGCUAAGAACAGUGACCUUGUGGAUAUAAAAAGUGGACAUUUUUUCUUUUCCUGUGAUUUGUUUCUAGGAAAUCUCUCUGGGAUGCUUCCUGUUGUAUGGAUACAUUUCAAUUUAAACAUUAUGUCAUUUACAAUGUCUUUUUGUCAUGGAGAUUUUGACAAGAGGAUUUUUUUCAUCACAAGUUUAUCCUGACCACCCUUACAUUUCUGUUAUUAUUUUAUUUUUUCAUGGCCCCUUCAAAGCCAGCUGCCAUGUGUCUUGCACAUUCUGAAAGACCUUUUUCAAGCAAUUAUUUUCAGAUUUAGUGACAUUAACAACUUCACAAUUCACCCUUCAAACUUCACACGUGCCUCCCACCAAUCCCUCCCACCAUCAGCUUUCCACCCAAGCAUGGGCAAGCCUCUUAGCCGUCCAGGGUGUUUCAGGAAGAGCUCUUGCUGCCUGGAGAAACAUGGAGCUGGGGAUGGGAGAGUGGGAGGGCGAGAUGUAGGAGUGGAAGGGGGAUAUGGAGAUGGCUACAUACCCCAGCGAUCCAUCUAUGAUACCAUGUGCAUCAACCAACAGAUUGACAGCCAUCACCACCACCCUGGAGAGUCCAUACGGCGAGAUGCUGGUGGUGACACAAAUUUCAUCUACUCUGCAAGUGGCUCUCUCAGAUUUAGCAGGUCCCCAGGUGACAUGUUUGAUCCACAGCCCCGCUCCUUAACUCCAAACCCUUCAUUUGUGCGCCGACUAGAUGAAAGAGCCAUUUAUGAUUCACUGAAGCUGGGGGGUCAUGAUGUCAAUGGUGGUGGCUGCCACUCGCCAGGACAUUUUACCCGAUCAGUUUCCCCCUCUGUAUCCUCAUUCUCAGCACCAGGAGUUUCCUCCUCAUCCAAGAAACACCACCAUCACCACCACCAUCACCAUGGAGACAGCACAAAGAGCGGAGAUGGUCAACAUUCCUGGAAAGUCUUACCACCUGCACAACAUCUCGAGUGUCUUGAGCUAACCACAACUGAAAUGAUGGACAGAGGAGGAGGUUAUCUAAACCCAGGACACUAUCCUCCCACAGGUGGCCUGUCGUCCUCUCUUACCUCCCCCCUUAUUUCCCCCUUCUCUGGCUCUCCUCUUUCUUCAGGGUACCAUACUCCAGUAUUUUUCUCCCCUGCCAAGCCUCGCCCUAGUCAGUCUCAGAGUUUGCGCUGUUCCCCUCCACAGGUCGUUCAGCCAAGGCAUUACUCUCAAACCCAGAGUCUUAGGUUGUCACCACCCCAAGAGCUUAGACGAUCACCCUACCGUUCCCCGCUCGUCCAACUCUCUGCUCAUGACCUUGAGCAGGACCUUAGGGAGCGGGGAGGAGGAUGGGGACGCAGUGAGCGAGAAAGGGAUUGGGAGAGGGAGAGAGAAAGGGAGAUGGAGCGAGGGUGGGCCCAGCGAGAGUGGGAAAGAGAGAGGGAGAGAGGCAGACUGGAGAGGGAGAGAGCGAGAGAAAGGGAGAGGAGGGAAACAUCUUUUGGGACCUUUGGAUAUGGCAGACCAGUCCCUCUGCACUCAGAAAGAGACUCUGUGUUUUUAGAUCACGACCAGGGUUUAGACACAACACCCCUGUUGCUUCCCCAGCCAUCACCUUCACCCUCCCCCAAUGCUGCCCCCAGAAUGGGCACCUGCGCAGUGGGUAGGAAUAGAGCUGGAUCAAGGGUUGGUCUUGAAAGUGUAGGUGGGGGAAUGGUUUCUAAGUUUGAGAAUGGGAGUGUUGGUAUGGUGUUAGUUGACAGCAAAUCUGGAUGUGGGCCAAGGUUAGUAUGUGAAGUUAGUGUUGGAAACAUGUCAGAGGCUGAAAUCAGGGCUGGGAUACAUGAACAUCACAGAACUGAAAGCUGGAAAAAUUAUGAAGAAGGAUCCAGGUCUAGCAUUAGAAAUGGGUCUGAAAUAAGAAUGGGUCCCAAAGUGAAAACAAGACCAGGAGGACGGAAUUUGGAGGGAAAAGUGCAAUCUGGGGUAGAGAUAGAAAAUAUGUCUCCAGCUGUGAAGGAGGGACACAGGGGAGGGACAAGGAGUGGGGAAAGAACUGGAAGGGGUUUGUCUAAACCAGAAGUCAUUGAUGAGGCUGUUCCUUCAGCUCCAACUGAUACUGAGGACAGGGUCAGGCCUGGAAAUGAAUUUGUGGUUGGAGCUGGAUCAAAUUCAGGAAUUAAGCAAGAGGCAGGGGUUGAUGCUGGUUCAAGUCAUAUGGAAAACAGGGCUGGAACAGAAGCUGGAGUUGUAGCUAAAGUUAAUAAUGAGGUUGGUUCAGAAGCGGAGUCUGGAGAAGGUGCUAAAGUUGAGACAGAAGUUAAGAUCGCAUUUUCAUCUGAACCAGAGGCAUUACUAGAACCUGGUGUUGAAGAUGAGACCGAGAUCCUGGGUGAGGCUGGGACUGGGGUUGUCAGUGAUGCCCAGAACAGCGCUAUGACAAUGGAUAAAGGUCUGAUAUGUGAUGCUUCUGCACAUAAAGCUGAAGUUCCCCCUUCAGAUCAGGCUGAGAAUAUGCCUCUGGAUAUGGAUAAGAUUGAAUCUAGUGAUAAAGAGAAAGGUUCCAGACCCCACAAAUCCAAAUCUUCUAAGUCCAGUUCCAGGUCACGACCUGGCACAGCCACUGGGCUGCGACCAGGCGUAGUAAGCCCAAAACUAAGCAGGGGGCUUGGAGACCUUGAAUCACAAGGCCCCUCUGAAGGCAUUGAGUCAACCUGGCCUCGUCGAGUCAUGGUUAGAAAGAGGACUGUUAGGCAAGGUGGAGCACUCCAUAACCUCCCUAUUCUCCCCCCACUCCCUUCUGUCCUCUCAGCAUUGGAGAAGAGACGCCCCCAUGCCCUUCUCCACCCCCGCACAGGUCACUUCUCAGAAAACCCACUAUCAAGCGUAAUUAAUUCGACAAGUAUUGUGGGAAGAUGCUCACUUAAAGAGCCCUCCCAUUCAGAAUCAGCACAGGUGGUGAGUUUGGUGGGCAGGGCUUCCUUGAAAGAGCAGAACUUGGAGAACUGGAGGGUCUACAGUGAGCAGGAAGAGCCCAGUAGAUCGCGGAGCAAGGAGAAACAAGGAGAGCAGAGUAAGGAGAACAGGGAACAGACAACUGAAAGGCAGAACAGGAGGGGUAAGGAAGAGAAGAAAGAAAAGGAGAAGAGGGAAGCGAGAGACAAAAAAGAAUACAAAGUGGAUAAGCUAAAAGAGAAGGUUACAGUCAGUGAGGGGAUAUUAGAAGAAACCAAACAAGAAAUGAGAAGAAUGGAAGAAAAAGUCCAAGUAAUUUUACACAAAACUACAGAAGUAAGAAAAGAGAGGGAUGAAGAAAUAAUGUCUGAAAGGUUGGUGGGCAGAGAUAAAAUGAUCAAAGUUGAAAUACAGGAGCAACAUGAACAAGAGUUGGAGGUGGUUACAUUUCAAAAAGAAGAAGUUGAACUGAAAGGAGGAGGAAGUGGGACACUUGGAGAGGAAGGAGGGAUGGAGAGAUGGGAGGAUGUCCUUGACGUGGUCAACACAUUAUGGGAUGAUGGCUGGGAGAAAGGGGGCGCAGGAGGAGAAGGUGAUACAGAUUCCCUCUCAGGGUCACUGCCGCGUUGGCCUCUCCUCCGGCCCCCGGUUGGCUUUGGGGGAUCGCACCCUCCCUCCUCGGCAGCCUCAGAGCUCAGCCUCACAGAGUUAGAAAGGAGAGCGAGGGAGCUGGACUCUGACCUGGAACACUUAGACCUGUCUCAGCCCCACAGGGACUCCCAGGAUCUGUACCAAACACUGCCAGAACCACAGAGGGCUGACAUGUACCAAACGCACCCUGGGCCUCAGAGGGAAAAAGCUGCUCCGAUGACAGGAUUGGGGAGCAGAUCUCAGGUCAUUUUGGAGCUUUCUGCUAUGGCCUCACCAGCUACAGACACAGACAGAACUGCUGACUGGUCAAAACAAUCUGCUGGGACUUCCACUGUUGGCACAAGCUCUACUAAGGAGGACAGCUCUCCAGACUCCAACUUAACGCUGGAGUCCGACUCCAGUGGUGUCUUCCUCUCCUUAUCCAAUCAGAGCCAGGAGGAGACCGGCUCUGACAGUGACCAGCCUGUCAGUGGGUCUGACUUAGGCAGCAGCACGUCACUGGAGAAAGACGGGAACGAUGGAUUGCUAAAGGAAUGGGGACGGGAGGAAAGUGCAGAGCUACAGUGGUGCUACCCAUCACUCCUCAACACCUCCUCACAUGAAGACAUAGAGGGAUAUGUUGAAAAUGAGGAAGUAGAAUCUGGAAUGAUGGAGGGAGAGGAAGAAAGUGAGAAAGAUAGAAAGAUCGGAGUAGUUUCAAUAAUGAAGUCCUCAAUCCACCAUACAGACUUUGAGGACUUGUCUUCUCUGAAUGACCCAUCGAGUCAAGAAAUACCACCUAGGAGAAAAGUGACCGUCAUGGGAAGUGAUUACCCUCUUCCUCUGUCUCCCUCAAAACCACUCAAACACUUUUUCGAUCCCAAUCAGAAGCCAAUCAGAACCUCAGGACUAGACUGUGGUGAUAUAGAUCCCUUCGUCCAAUCAGACAGCUUUGUUUACCUUGCAGUUUCGGCAAGACCUUCCUCCCAUGGAGAUGUCACUACAAUGACAGAAUUUCCCAAUCAUGAUACGAAACAAGAUUCAAUACUAACAAGACUUGAUGAUACAAAGCUAUGUUCAUAUAGCAUGAAAAGACACUUAGACCUGUCAACUCAGGAACAGUAUGCCAAGCUGACUCACCUAGCCCCACAAAAACCAGAGGAAGGAGAUUUUCUGUGCACGGACAGCUUUGUCUAUUUGGCUGCUCCAGCUUGCCUACUGCUCGGCCCUGCAGGAACCACAUCAUACAGUGGCAGGGAGUCAGACUCGGAGAGUUCAGGAUCCGGUCCUGUUGAUGAGUCAGUGCUUGGUUGUGGUUCAGUGGCAGGGGACAGUGACUGGGACUCAGACCAAUCCGAAUCCGUUCCCAGUCGCUCCUCCAGAAGCUCUGCUACUGGGGACAAAUCUGCUGGUGUGUCACAACCAAAGCAGCUGCCUACAGAGCCCGACUGGGACCUGAUUGGAGAAAACACUGAACCUGAAGUGCUGAGUGAGCUUUUCAACGAACAGGACAGAAACAACAAUGGCAAGGCAGGAAAUGUUACAGGGGUUACCACCUGUGUGGCAGCGACGCCAGGCACUCCCAUGGCAUCUCAGGCUGGCACUUCACCAGUCAAGGCGUCAACAACAGUAGAGCAGUCGUCGACAUCCAAGAGAGUGACAUGGCAGUUUAAACCAGCCCAGAGGUCAGUCUGCACAGGAAGCAGAAAGGAGAGAGACAAGGAAAUGACAUCAGCCCAGUUCUCUGAACUGGGAGAAGGCGAGACGCAUAGACCCCCACCUUUGUCUUCAUCGUCUUCAUCAUCUUCUCCUUCGUCAUCUUCCUCCGGUUGACGUGUGAAGGAAAUGGUUUUGGUUCAACCACUUGGGAAGAGCUUUCAUUGCCCGAAGUGAUUGGUUUGGAGAAAGGUAUAUAAUAUAUCUUCAACUUGUUUUAUAGAAACUGAUCGCUUCAAAAACUACAGCUUUUUUGCCUGUAUCUUCUGCAUCUUGCUGCUGCCAUUGCCUUCUUAUGACCUUAUAAAGGUUGCAUAAAGGACUAGUUAAUUGUUGCUUUUUUCUUAGAUUAGCUUAAAUAAUAUCGUAUAUGAUGAGUUUAAAAUUGGGACGGUGUGAGACUCAGGCUACAAGGAACCCUUCAGGUUGAGAUUGUGUGGAAAUACAGCCACUGAAAGAGCAUUUUAGGUAAGAUAUGCAAAGUGUCAUUACUAAUGCGUUAUAUCAACAGUGAACUUUUGAAACACAGGGUUGAUUUAUUAGUUUCCUGUUCACAUAUUCUCUAUAUAAAUAAUACAUAUUAUAUCUGUGAGUUUUUAUUCUAUUGAAUGUAUUGUACAGGAUACACACUCCUCCAAAAAACAUCCACCCUAAAACAUUACACAUAUCAGAAAUUCCUAAUUAUUUUGUUGAAAAUUUUAAAAUGUAUUUCAGUAUUAUAAUUCAGUUACAAUAACACAUGUUAAAUGUGUCAUGAUGACUGAUGGAGAGAGAAUUUCUGUUUUCUUUAAUAUUUAUAGAAAUUACACAUCCUCCACCACAUAAUGACCUGACUUUAACAAUUAAUCUUACUAAUUAAUUUUUGUAAUUAAUAAACUAACUUUUAAAAAACGAUGAGCUCGAACUUUACAGCGUAUAAUGUAUUUUUUAAUCAGAUUCAACUUUACAGUGUAUUUAACAGUGUGUUGAUAAUACAUUUUAAACAUUGAAUGUACAAACAUAAUAAAAAUACAAAAAUAACUGAAGGAUUUAGUUAUAAAGUUUGACUUAAAUCUUUAUCUAUUAGAUUAAAAAAAUGUGAAUGUAAUAAUUUAGCAAUAUGCCUACAGUCUAAUGCUAUACACUAUGUUUCAUUUGUGGAAAUUUUGCCUGAUUGGAGUGGACAAUAAUGUUUGAGAUACAUUUUUAAAUACAGUCAAUUACCAAUUGUAAAUGCAGCCGUACAUUCAUUUAGAGGUUCAAUGUGUCAUAUUAGGUGGUUUGGUUCAACUGCCAUUAACAAUGAGACCAUGACUGAGAUGACCCAUGACUUUGUCUCUGUGUUUUUAGUGCCAGCGAUCUCAAAAUAAAGACUUAAUUUCCCUUAAUUCUCUCUUAAAUCCACUCUCUCCUUUCCUCUUUUGCAUCUUUGGCAAUGCUGAAGAGGUUAAACAUGUUGGAGACAUGUUUUUUUUUCCAUUUGCCUCUCACUCUAAUUAUUUCACAAUAAGAAAAUACUUAAACUUUUGCUUUGAUUGUACCCAGAUUAAAAUACUCUAAAAGAUUUCCCCUCCAAAUCCGAGUUGGCGGCACAGAAUGUCAAAUUCAGUUUGGAGGCUGGAGGAGCUGCCAGUCAUCCCAGCAGUGGUCUUGUUGUUGAGUAAUCAUUAAGUACUAAUGUCUUGAUUUACAGAUGUUAAAAUGAUACAUGUAUCACCUUUAAAAGAGUGCACAGUGCUAUCAGAUCAAUUACUUUAUACAAGUAUGGCAAAAGAAAGGUGGACGCUUCACAAAUGAUUGUCCCUUACGCAAUAAUCGAUUUUGUAAUGCCAUCAUGAAAGGCUGCGUGGGAAGAGUGUAUGGGCCGAGAGGCAAAUCAGCUCCUGAUCAGGUUUAGUUGUUUCUCAGAUUUGCUCUUGAAUUUCAGAAUGGUUAAUGAGAUGUAACUGAACUUUGACAACCUCCAAGUAAACUGAUUGUGUCUUAAGGUGGGCAAACGCUGUGCGAGACAUGUUGUUCUUGAAUUCAGCCUGACGCUGUGCGAUUAAUCAUCUGAGAUGUGAAGCCAAAACUCUCUAGCGCUUUCACUACACUGUCCGAUUUUUUCACGCAACCUGACUGACCUCACACUAAAUUACCUGAUGGGGUUUGUGUCAAAGAUGAAAUCGUUACUUGUUUUGUUAAUAAUAAAGGAGAACCAUAGAAAGAGUAGCUAACUACAUUUGAGGCUACAAUAUUAUAAAUUGAUCACUAGCUACCCUCUGGACACUGUACAGUAGGAGCCCCGUUAUCCCUCUAUCUUUUUUGUCUUGCUAUACAUUUUUUUCUAGCCAUGAUCUAAAUUUUCCUGUUAUUGUUUCAUGCCAUGUGGGAGAGCCUGACAUGUCGAAAACUCAUCCAACCGUCUGGCGAGUGGCGGAAACAAUCUGAACACAACAAUGCUGACAAUCUGUUUGACUCUAAAAUGUGUCACGCAACUUAGAAAUGAAACUUGGGCUCAAAUCGCACAGCGUAUUUCCAGCUUUUGUGUUUCGGGAGUGAAGGGGAUGACUUUGAAUCUGGAAGGUGACUCUGUUCUAAUGCAGCAGCCAUAUUUAUUGAUUGAUGGUUUGAGAUAGGUGCUUUUAUUUUUAGAAGCUUUAAAUGCUCCCACGGUCCUAAGUUCAAAUGAUGAUGCUUUUCGGCAAAACCCGUAAUGCACCUGUCAAGUUCUGUGAUAUAUUUAAUUCUGGUGCUUUUGAGCACAUAUGUACAAGCAAAUCCACAGAGGAAUGAGGUGCUUCAUUGGCAUAUCUUUGUUUUUAAAGCUACAGAUCUUUUUUUUUACUUUUUUAAGAAGUCAGUUACGGCUGAACUAAUAACUGAUUACGUUUUAAAACUACUUGGUACUUUCUUACCCAUUUCAUAAUGCAUUCAGCAUAUAUUGCUUGAUAUCAGUUUAAAAUCCAACAAGCACUUCAAAUCAUAAUGAAGGUUGCAAGCAUCAACACAUUGAAGGUGAGCUUUACGCAUGGCUUAAUGACUCACUUUCUGGCCAAAUUGUCCAGUGUGUGUGUUCUGAAGAUUUUAACAUUAAAAAUCAGUUAAAUCUGUCAUAAUGUUUGUGGUCUCCCACGUUUUUAAAAUCGGUCCAGUUGAAAAUCCUUUAGUGUGCAGCUGCCAUUAGGUGGCGAGGGGAUCCUAAGUAGGAAAACAAAGGAAUAUAUAAUAAAUCAUUAUAGAACCACAUGUCAUUGAGUUUAUUACUUGAAUAGGCACAGCCAGACAACAAAUACUUGGGGCCUUUAUCACAUUAUGAAUAGGAAGUGAAGUCUGUCUGGCACACCCAUGCCCAGGUGCCUUACUCGGACACUUAAUGGGAGAAAUAUGAGAAAAAGAAGGCCGACAUGGCAAUUCUUGAACUUUACAAUGGGUUUUGUAAACUGAAAAAAAUAUGAAUGUUAAAGUUUGUUGUGCCAACGCUUUUAGGCGAUUGCCAACAGCCAGACUUUUUCCAUCCUUCAUCCAAAUAAUUUACAUCCUAUUUAUUAUUAUUAUUAUUAUUAUUAUUAUUAUUAUUAUUAUUAUUAUUAUUAUUGUCUUGGUAUUCAACAUAUUUAUAUUCAGCUAUGUUAUACAAAUAAAAUGUGAUUGAACCUCUUCAGCUUAGCCUGUCUAAGUCUUGACAAAACCUAGAAUAUCAAACAAACACCUGUGUGACUGGUUGAAUGGAGAAUUAGCGGUUCCCAUGGUUUAGCGAAUAGAGAGCUAAUCAAACCUGAUCUGUUGUGUUUCAUAUUUUACUUGAGUGGAGCCAACAAAUUGAACAUCAACCAAAUUACUGGACUAAAAACUGCCAUACAGGCGACCUGGAACUUCCAGAUAUUAAACACAGGGUUCGUAUCAUUAAGAGUGACCUCUUCUUUGAAAGUGGCAAACAGGACAGGGUGGCCUUCCACACAGUUUGGACACAUUCCAUUCACAUUUCACAUGAGAGCUAAAUAUAUAUAUAU